GAAGGUGUGUACCGUGCUUGCUGCGGUAGCUAGAAGCGGCUCGGAAUGCCUGUUUGCCUGGUUCGCGGAAAUCAAUGUUCAAUUAAAACGUGACUUGCAUGUUCAGCGCUUACUGCUGUAUUACAGUGAGAGUGUUCCACUGAACUGCAAUAUACAUCCAUUACCGUGCAAUGUAUUACAUUUGAGAGCUGUAAAGCACUGCUUUUUUCAUACAUCAGACACAAUAGAAGGACCAUAAUCGUAACAGUAAGGGACAUUUUUGGUUAUGGAAAAUAUUGUUGCAUUACUUAAUUUGAAAUUGUUAUUUCUUUUCAUUUCAGGUGAGUAUCUAUGGAGAAUAUUACACAAUAGGGAAAGACUGAUAAGGAGAGUGAAGUUGACAGGUAUUUGAAAUCCAGAAGUGCAGAUGUAUAACGGUCGGCCAGAACUUUUUGAAUCUGGUUACGGUUUUGAAAAAAAAAACACACAAUUGGAAAAACACACAAUAUUUUAAAGCUUACUUCACUUAAUAUGGCGCCACCGAUAUAAGAAAACAAAACGUAAACGUAUGGUGUACCACAUACAAAGAACUCCCGUGCAACGCAAGCAUUAUUUUCAAUCAAUCACUGCCACUGGAGGGUGUCGUUCCAUCGGUCGAUACCUUCGAGGCAUCCGCCGGUUCCGACUUGCCGAUAGUGCCCGCCUAACGUGGCGUUUGAUUGGCUGACGACAGGGACGACACGAUAAAUGGAUAAAAUAUCGUCUAUAUUGGCAGUUAGUGUCGCGUUGCCAUUGAAGAGUGACUCCACUUUCCACAGGGUAUAGAAGAGAGUGAAAAAGAUUCCGCUUCGGUGCGUUUCAAUAAUCCGCCUCCCAAGUCGGCCAUGCUCGAGCAUUGGAAGGAACAGGGUGCGCCACCCAAUACGCUUCAGAGCAAUCGAUAAAGCGCGAAACGAAAAUCAAUAGCCGUUCAUUCCGUCCUUUCACAGCGCAGCAUUUUCUGUGUUGUAAAAGCGUGGAAAGUAUGGGAAGGUGCUUUUUUCUCAUUAGAAUGAAAGUACCACAGUUCAUCGUUGGUUGUGUUAACUUCCAAUGGAUUUUAAUUUGUUUAAAAUACUGCUAAAAAUUGUUGACAUGUUUUUGAUGAUCAGUUUCCGCGCUAACAUGAACGUGCAGACGCAUAAAGUUCAUGCACAGGGUGCCAAUAUUAUUGCUUUGCUAUUGACCCUACAUCAUGUUCACACAUUGCAUCCAGUCAAGUGCACACAUUUCAGUUGGAACCGUUCGUUAAAAGCCUUUAAUCCAUAAACAACAUGCUUCAUUGGAGUUUUCGCAACCAUUGCACGAGCGGCGGACACAAAAACUAAAUUGAUUGCUGCUACCCGAGAGUAUCCGAGUAGCAAGGCGGGCGGCAGGCAGGCAGUCCUCCAAUCCUGGGUGUGCUGUAGUGAUGCUUGGAAAAAGCCAUCCGACCAGACCGGGACAAGCCAGACUGCAUUAAGCAAGGGAUUUUAAGGAUUUGGUUCGGGUGAAAUUUAUCGCCCUAGCUUUUCCGUUACUCGUGUCUGAGGAUAAUGUUUAUCGUGCUUGCUUUCAAUGACAAAGGCACUAGCACCAGCACAAAACGAUUGAAACGUAAAGUCUAAUAUAUUGGCCUCGAGCAACAAUUGCUGGUGUGUUUGGUUGGUUUUAUAAAUGUGUUUUUUUUUUCUUUUGCAUUCGCUAUAUAUUUGUAAAUUUGUGUUUGUCUUUUAUUCAAGAAGUCUUCUAAGCGUUUCAGCUGUCUCAUGACGUGGACGACAUGUCAUUAGGGUCAUUUAAUCGUUUGAAUACAAUGAUAGUAAAAUUAAAUUGCACUCUUGGAUGCUUAUCCACAUAUCUAUCCUUCGUUUGUUUUAUGAUCCACUACACACGACGUGCCAAAUAUCAUUUACAGUACACGCAAUUGAGUCCACACAUACACUCUCAGCAUACGACUGUUCCGAUAACAGGAACGGUAUAAAGUUGCCCGGUUGAAAAUACAUAAGAUUGUGAAACCAAUUGGAAGUAAUAUGCACCACAACAGCUGUUUCAAUUUGUGUGCUAUGUGCGAUUAGGGUAAAAAGACACUUGCUGCACAUCAUGCUGUUCCUAUAGACUAUUUUUAAAUAAUUAAAAAACAUGCAAAUAUUUCCUUUAAUAUGGCCGUUUUAUUAAAACUGUUUUGUUAGAACCAUGCAGAACGCGUUGUGAAGAGCUAGAGUAUUGAUCUACACUCUUGACCAUUUUGCCAUCAAUAUCUUUAUUCUUACACACAUAGCGUCAUCAUCGAGUCUGAACAAAAAUUCUCGGAACUCGGAUGUUUACAUAUCGUCCUUUGCAUAAAUCUUUCAAUUCCGAACCCUCACGUUUGGACCAACCAUGUUGAUUUAGGAUCAUCGGUAAUGUAACGAAGAUGUAAAAGUUAUGGGUGUUGUCCUUGGCCCUGGUUUUAGAUGUGUUUAUACACAAAAGCUUCAUCUAACUGCGUGUUAACCAUGGCAAGGGGCAGACCUAUAAUACAUCCAAUAGUUGAUCGAUUGAGUUUUAAGGUUUCAGAAAAUGACAUCCUUAAAUCAUCAAAAUCGAACCUAACGAUAUGUAGAUGAGCUGGAAUUUAUUAAUUCUUGCCAUGAUUGAUACGUUUGCAAAAUAAUGUUUACAGCAGAUUGUUGAUUUUGUAUGAUUAAAAACAACGAAUAUUGGGGCCCUUCACGAUUAUAGUCAGUUUUUUUUAUGGAGUUUGACAGUUGGAGCCUGAAAUCAUGUAAACACUCCAUACAAAACCACACAAAAAACUAGCCUGCAAUUUUCAGUCUAGAUUAUUCUAGCCUCAAAGCUAGAAUUAAAUUCGAGUACCUGCUCGAAAACUCGAAUACUCAAAACACUCUUAAAAUCUUCAUUCAAAAGCAGAAGCGAUAAAAAUCUGUCUUCUAAAUUCAUACACUUUGGCAUAAGCCCACCUGUAUAUUAUACUCACUUAGAUAGCUGCUCGAAAACUGCUAUACAAUGCAAACAGCUGACAGGCUGAAAUAUCAGCCUACGAGCUUACAACGGAAAGGGCGUUGAUGUUAUUUUAAACCAAACAUGAUGGGAUUUAGUUUACACUCCAAUAUUAAAUACUCGACACAUUCUCAUUUGAUGCAUGUUCCGAAAAGAGAGCUCUACAUCUGAAAAAUAGCCAAUUCUGCUCACGUUGUCGGUAAUGUAGCUGUACUCUUAGGGCAGUGUAGCAAUAUUCGUAAAGUACAUUAACGGCAGGGAUGUUACAGUUUCAGUAAAAGAAACUAUCACCAUUGAACAUGAACACAUAAUACCCUUUCCCAUGCUAGUGGUAUGGCUAUACCAGUGUGCACUCAACUCCAGCACAAUUAUCAAAAUAGAAGGUGAUUAAGUUUGAUUGCUCCAGAACCAUGUUCAUUUCAGUCAUUGGGUCUGCUGAACACAAUGCAUCGUUGCUGGAGCUAGCAAUAAUUUUCAUAAAGGUUGAAUGAAUUUUGAACCCUCAUUAAUGGCUAAAGUUUUUUUGGUUCGUCCUCUUGAGCUGAGUAAAGGUUCGUUGUUAGGCGUUCGUCCUGUGCUGUACUAACAGCUCGUUUGGAAACAAUUGUCCAUAUUUCGUUGCCAGAACUCCAUGCAUUGUGAAAAGCUUAGCAAAGAACUGUACAGAUUGAUUUUUUCAUUUAUGCUCCAAAACGUGUACCCAAAGUUAGUUAAAGUUUAUCACGUCACACAGCAUAAAAGAAACGCUCAAAUGCUUUGUCGCCAUGUGGUUUUAAUCUUCCCGUUAGUAGAAAGUUUCAACGAGACGUUCUGCCAUACACACCUUCAUCUGGAUUAUUUUCCGAAACCGUCCGAUGAAAAGUUUACCAUUGAUCGACUUAACAGGGAAUUGAUAAAAGUGUGUGCGAUGUGGUUUCAACGGUUGAGUGAAUCCUUGUGGCCAGCUUUACGCAAAAGCAGCAUGACGUCGGCAAUAUUACUUGAUGAGCAUCGGUCCAGCCGGGGCCGGGCAAAAAUUGAGUUCUGAUCAAAAGUUUUGAACCAUUUACUUUUGCGUGCUGAAACCGCAGCUCGAACCUUUACACUGGCUUGAAAACUAUCGUCCCUUGUUGCAGAGUAGUGGCAACGUUGCGAUGUAGUCUUUACCACGUGUGAAAUGGUUCUUUGGGCAUGGGUUUAGUGUUGCUCACCAUGUUGUUGGUAGGGGUGAAAUAUAGAACACAAUCUUUUUUAUUAUAUCUUAGUACAAACCUCACUUUCAAAAGACCUCAACAACUGCUAUAUGCGGAAUAACUUAUCAAGUUGUCAAGAAACUGGUCCAUUUGUACGUGCUUGACCCGAACUGUUCUUCGACUUGUGCCAACACGGCUUCAUGCUGGCUGGCUAUAUCAAUAGAGCGAACCCAAAUUUCCGUCAAUUGCUUCCGCUUGUUUCCGAUGACAGGCGAUUUCCCGUGACAGAUUUCUAUUACUGCAACAAUACGCAACGCGCCUUAAGCCUCAUCGUCGGUGGCAUUUUCAUUUUUCUGGUUCAAAAAAGACGACCAGCCUACACUAUUCGGUACAGAAAAUCGAACAGCAAUGAUUUGUUCACUGAAACGUGAUGGAUUUGUGGUGAUCGGGCACGUCAAUGAUGUGUAUGUGUGUGUGCGAAAAAAUAAUAACCACAACAAUACACCGGAUGGAGAGCGCACUAGAAGCGUAUACGUAAAGAGAGGGACGGUGUGCCAAAAAUUGAUUCGACAGUAAUCCUCGCCGCCCGUCCUUGGAUAGCGUGUGAACAAAAGCCGACACAGCCUCUAAGGAGCCGAAUAAGAAAACUUCGCAUUCGGUGGAGCGAAAUGAAAACAAAUCUAUUGAAUUGAUUUUCACAGUUGCCGAUCGAGGAAAGUGUAUGGGAGUAUUGCGUGGUCAGCAUUUUUUCUGAAUCGUAUCACUGAAUCGGUUAAUUGAAAACUAAAUUGAUAUUAGAGUGAGAGGGCAGUUUAUUGCAAAUACAGUUUCGUUUUUCUAUAUUCAAUCUAAGGUGAAAAUAUAUGUCUUUUCCAAUUUUAGUGUGGAGAGGUAAACCUGAAUAAUUUAAUUAAAAAAAAACUAUACCUUGCGACAUUAAAAAGAGAAUGCCUUUAAGUACUCUUUUCAUUCACAAACAUUCACAUAACCCAUUUGUUCAACAGUUUAACAAUGACACGCUACAGGUUUUUUCAUUUUACUUUGCUAGUUCGAAUGUGAACAAAAGCUUUUGCUCACCUGGACUGGAAUUCUAAUGGGAUCAUAAACAAGCGUUUCAAUUCUAGAAAGCUUUCAUGACCUGUACGUUUCGUGAUGCCCCAAUGUUCACACAAUGGUAGAAAUUGGUGUACGAAAAGUAAAAAAAAACGAACAUUUUCCCGGAAGCAAAGUUUUUAGUUGUUGUUGGCGUUGUUGGCCCCACGCCAUCAAACCCUCCCGCUUGCCCGCUCAUUUCAAGGAUCAUUAUCGCGGAAGUCACUAUCGAACCAACAAACUGCACUUUUUCCGCCCGUUGCGCGCGUCGGGUGUAACCCGGAGCAACGGCGCUCCAGCUCCGCGGCAUGCAACCGUUCGGUGGCGCCACCCUGAUGGGCCCGGCACGGUUAAACCGGAAUGACGAUUGACGAACGGGGUUUGUGUGUGGGCCCAGCCGACCCGAGCCUGUCAGUUGCAACUUGCACAUCAUGCACCACGGUGGCAGUGGUAGUAGUAGUGAUCCGCGCUACCGACCGGGCGGCUCCGAAGGUCGCGAAAGUGACAGUGACAGAGGUGCGAGAUGUCGGUCAUGGGGCCGACAGUGGGUGCUGCACUUGACAAUGGUGGCCCUGUUUUUGACCUCCUACGGGUACGAUCCCUACCUGCGAGAGCGGGAGCUCGAGCAGCUCGCCCUGGCAGAGGACGACGACGGUGUGCUGCUGAGUGUGGCGUCCCAUUACCAUGAUCCCGAGCAAGACGAUCCGGGCGAGGAGGACAUCGAAAUACACUACCACCUGCUGCUGUACGUACCGCGAGUGUUGGCGGUGCUGCUGCUGGCUGUCGCCCCGCAGAAAGUGUCGAUCGAGCUGCUGGCGAAGAUCGUACACUUUGCGCAUCCAGUGAUUGCGCUGCUGUACGCGCUUCUUCACAUUCCCGACUUCCUAUCCUACGAGCUGCGGUACAUUGGCUGCCUUUCGGAGCUGUUUUGGUCAGCGAAGCUGGUGCUGUACCUUUGCCAGCUGGUGGUGUGCUCGCCGAAAGCCGAACGGCUUUACUAUCUGAUCGCGGGCGCCUUAGUGUUGAGCCUCGGUUCGGCAACACAACCGUUCGUUGCGGAACUGGGAACAAUCUAUCCUGCUUUGUCACAGUACACGCUCAAUUUGGCCAUUGCGUUGCUGCAAGUGGGCAUCUGCCAGCCAAUGCUGUUCUGUGGCACUUGCGUCAGUUGCGAAAGCGCAGCAACCAAUUCAGCGCAAAAGUUAAGCUACGCUUUGCUCAACCAAUUCACGGUGGUGAUUCUGAUAGCGACCGUUGCUUUAAAUAGCAUCCUUUUCCAAUGGUAAUUUAGUCGACACAUAUCGCAUUGGAAAUUGACUCAUCAACGCCCUAUUUAUUUACAGGUUUCUUACAGACAACUCAACCUUACUCCGCCCAUUUCUACCGUUUCUCAGCUCCGACGAUCUGU